AUGAACCGACCAUACUCAAACCCAAUUAACAUUACAUUGGAAAUAACACUGGGAACUAACACCUCCUUUAAAGUAUCAUUUAAGGGUUACAGCUUUACCCACAAAAACGUCGGACAAAGGGCUUUUCACAUCAUCUAUCAAGAUAUUUAUCGGUCGGUGGGUUUUCAUCAAUUUACAUUAACCGUUUGGAACCGUGUCACCCAGCCGAUUGUUCUCCAUGGUUAUGCGAUCGUGGAGAUUCCCAUCCACGGUCUUGAGGCAUAUGUUAUUGGAGGGCCACAUGGUAUUGAGGUAAAUGAAAGUGUGAACAUUGGUAUCAAAUUGAAAAACGGAAGUAAUCCAGAAUUUCUGGUUGAUUUUAUGGAUGGGGCGAAGCAACUGUCACGAGGAAACAUACUGUUGGGCAUAAGUUCAAUCCUCAUUCUCUGUAUGUAG